ACAUUCUUGAAAAGUCAAAUUUCCAUAUUUUUUUAAAAGUAUGCAGUUGAUCACAACGGUGAGUCGCAAACCAGGGGCAUAAAGCAUAUUCAAUUCCGUCAGCCGACCACAGACAGCUACGCUACUAUCUCAGCAGAUUAACGCUACCAAACCUUAAUUUCUUUCCUCAGUCUCAGCAAUUUUUCUCUCUUUGGUCUCCAAGAAUGCAUUCCAAUCACUUGUUGCUCGAAGAACCCAUCAGGAUGGUCUCCAUCUUGGAGCCAUCCAAAACCAAUUUCUUCCCGGCAAUGACGAAGAUCGUCGGGACACUGGGUCCCAACUCUCGUUCUGUAGAUGUUAUCUCUGGGUGUCUCAACGCUGGGAUGUCUGUUGCAAGAUUUGAUUUCUCAUGGGGAGAUGCUGAUUAUCACCAAGAGACUUUGGAGAAUUUGAGGACUGCUAUUAAGAAAACCAAGAAGCUCUGUGCUGUUAUGUUAGAUACAGUGGGCCCGGAGUUGCAGGUGGUUAACAAAAGUGAGAAGGCAAUUUCACUUGAGGCAGAUGGAAUUGUUACUCUCACACCUGAUCAGGGCCAAGAAGCAUCUUCUCAAGUGUUGCCCAUCAAUUUUGCAGGCUUGUCUAAGGUUGUGAAAAAGGGAGACACCAUUUUCAUUGGUCAUUAUCUCUUUACAGGAAGUGAGACUACUUCUGUUUGGCUAGAGGUCGAUGAAGUGAAGGACGUGGACGUGCUUUGUGUGAUUAAGAACUCUGCAACUCUGGCUGGCUCAUUGUUCACUCUGCAUGCUUCUCAAAUUCAUAUUGACCUGCCUACUCUAUCUGACCAGGAUAAAGAGGUUAUAAGCACAUGGGGUGUAGAAAACAAGAUUGAUUUCCUUUCACUGUCUUAUACAAGACAUGCUGCGGAUGUUCGUGAGGCUCGUGAAUUUCUUUCUAAGCUGGGAGACCUAAGUCAGACUCAUAUCUUUGCUAAAAUUGAAAAUGUAGAGGGUUUAACUCAUUUUGAUGAGAUCCUUCAAGAGGCUGAUGGUAUCAUUCUUUCUCGUGGAAACCUUGGCAUAGAUCUCCCACCUGAGAAGGUCUUCUUGUUUCAGAAGGCUGCCUUGCAUAAGUGUAAUAUGGCUGGAAAACCAGCUGUUGUAACACGUGUUGUAGAUAGUAUGACAGACAACCUUAGACCUACACGUGCUGAGGCAACGGAUGUUGCUAAUGCUGUGUUGGAUGGAACUGAUGCAAUUCUUCUUGGUGCUGAGACUUUGCGUGGGCUAUACCCUGUUGAGUGUAUUUCCAUUGUGGGCAAAAUUUGUGCUGAGUCAGAGAAGGUUUUUAAUCAAGAUAUGUACUUCAAGAAGACUGUCAAAUUUGUUGGGGAGCCUAUGACGCACUUGGAAUCAAUUGCCUCCACUGCGGUACGUGCCGCCAUCAAAGUGAAAGCUUCUGUGAUUAUUUGCUUCACUUCAUCUGGAAGGGCUGCAAGGUUAAUAGCAAAAUAUCGCCCAACAAUGCCAGUGAUAUCAGUUGUCAUUCCUCGCCUCAAGACAAAUCAACUCAAGUGGAGUUUUAGCGGUGCAUUUGAGGCAAGGCAAUCUCUGAUUGUUCGUGGCCUUUUCCCCAUGCUUGCUGAUCCUCGACAUCCUGCCGAAUCAACAAAUGCGACAAACGACUCAGUACUAAAAGUUGCACUUGAUCAUGGGAAAGCCUCGGGGGUUGUGAAGUCACACGACCGGAUAGUGGUAUGCCAAAAAGUAGGAGAUGCAUCAGUGGUCAAGAUUAUUGAACUUGAGGACUGAGACAGCGAGCUGCCAAUAUGCGCGCGCACUCUACUGAAGCAAUAUCAUCCGAGGUUUUCUAUUUAAUACUACUACCAUCUUACGUAUAAUGUGAAAUUGUAAUGGGAAAAACCUAUUGAUGCAAUCAUGCAACCCCGUUUUGAUGUCCAUAUGCUCGUGUAGAUAAUAAUAAUAAUAAUGCAGUCAUACCAAAUCAAAUAAAUGUUCAAGCGCCACUCCAUAUGUUCUCUUUUUGUUACACGCAUAAUUGUAACUAUUCAAUUACAUGGAAGUGAUGAAAUCCAAUCCCCC